UACCCUCUCUGGCUCUGCCCGUUCCUCCUACCACCCGGCAGGGGCAUGGUCCACCCCAAAAGUGACAAGGAGAAACUGUACGUGGACAUCAGUGCCUACGGCGAGCCCAAAGUCAAACACUUUAAGGCAACGGCGUCUACGAGGCGGCUGGAGAAGUUUGUUCGAGACGUCCACGUGUUCCAGAUGCUGUACGCCGACGUCUACAUGGACCGCGACGAGUUCUGGGAGAUGUUUGACGGGCAGCCGUAUCAGAAAUUGAGAGAGGAGCUCGGCUGCAAGGAGGCUUUCCCCGAAGUUUACGACAAAAUUUGUAAAGCCGCCAGACACUGAUCUUCUGCGGCCGCAGGUUGGGAUCGUGUCCCCAUCAAAUGUGACAUAUGUUGAUCAUCUAGCGUCAAGUCGUAACGUGCCUGGGUGUUAAAAAAAGUUUGACAAACAUUUUUUGAAAAUAGAUAACAAGGUCGUUUUUAUAACA